GCAGGUUUGUAAUGAUAUCUAUCUUGUUCCAGUAACUCUGUUUUGCACAUGACGUGGUCAUGUGAUUAUGUGUGAAGUUCGGGCUGGCAGGAGAGAGAACAUAUUUGUUCAGUUUCAGUGAUGGUGGCCAAGAGAUCUGCAUUAAUCCUGCUGCUCAACAUCUUCUACACCUUUUCUCAAAUUCCCCACGACAUCAGCUAUGUAGUGGGGUGCUUUGAGAAUGGGACAACUGAAGUGCAGUUUGAAUUUGACGCCGAGGAGGUUUUAUACGUGGAUUUCGAAAGACAAGAGGUUGUAUACACUGUGCCCAGAUUUGUUGUGCUUGACCCAACUAAAUUAUUUGAGAAUAUGCAUGUGUAUAACAAUGCUAUGAAAGCCAAGAGGGCGUGUAAACCACUUGUAGAAUUGCUAAAGGUACAGGAGAAGAACCCACCAGAGGAGAAAGACCCCCCUGAGAGCAUCCUCUACCCUGCAGAAGAAGUUCAGUUUGGAGUUAAAAACAGCCUCACCUGCUUUGUGAAUCAUUUCUACCCACCUGAUAUUAAAGUCAGCUGGACCAAAAAUGGCCGUCCGGUGUCUGAGGGGGUGUCACUCAGCCGAUAUUAUCCCAAUAAUGAUCAAACCUUCCACCAGUUCUCAACCCUGNNGGGCGACAUGUACAGCUGCACUGUGGAGCACUCAGCCCUGGAGAGCCCUAUGACAAGGAUCUGGGAACACGAAUCGACUACUCCCAGUCUUGGACCAGAUAUUUUCUGUGUGCUGGGUCUGACUGUGGGCUUGUUGGGAGUUGCAGGUGGAACAUUUUUAAUGGUUAAGGGACACCAUGGACAGUAAUUUCUGUUCUACAGAGAUGAUCCCAAUAGAUCAUCUACAGUGAAGUCAAAUUUGCAGAAAAGUUGUAAUGAUUGGACAAAAUUUCAAGGUCACACAGAAUUCACAGGGACUGGUUGAAUUUGCAUUAAGUUGCGAUCGAGAGAGAAUCUGCAUCUGCAACUUUUGUCUUUACAAUAGUGUCGUACUGUCUAAAAUGAGGAAAUAAAAUUAUCUACUUUUUAUUACAAGAAGCAUUUUUUGAUUUACACAUUGAAUGUGAAAGAGCUUUAUGGUCUGAAUUAAAUAUUUUAUCUAAUUUCUCUUAUAUUUAAUUCACUGGUGUUUCUGUUCUGCCUUCUAGUGUUUUAAUUCAAACAUUACCAUGUAACGCUGUCUGUCAGGUUCACUGUUAUCUGUAACCUUGAUAUAUGUUAAGAAUAUUGAGGUUUAUACACUCAAUACAAAAUAUUAUUUUACUUUUGUAUAAAAUAUCCUUUUUUAUUUUUCAGUUUCAGGUAAUCUCAGUGAGAUUAAGAUCUAUUUUGCAAGAGUGACCUCAGUACAACAAUAUAACACAUCACAGAUAUCAUUAAAUAGACGUGAUGUUAAAAAUGUAAAAUCAGCCAGUGAGAUAAGACAUUUUAGUUUUAAAAUAAUAUGUAAUUUAUUCCAUUUAUAAAGUGCAAAGGAGCAGAGGGCAGUUUUCAGUAUGUUCCAGUAUGAUCCACAUGGGUGAGAUCUGGUUUUUGGUGAGCAGUAGUUUUAAAUUAUAGAAGAAAAGUGAUUUACUGGGGUUCGCUCCUGCAGGAGAUAUAAAUUAAAAUGACUGAAUGUAGUACACAGUGGUGAACAUGACAUUUACCUCCUGUAAUCAAAGGCAAAGCAUGAAUGAGAAUAAAUUAUAUCUCUAAGAAAGCACAUGAUGGU